UCCAGCUGCCCAGCCUGCAAUGACCAAUCCAUCCAUGGGAUACCCAGACGGUGGACUUUGGCUGUUGGGCUACUGAACAUAUUUGCAUUUAAUAGAACACUACUGAACUAGUUCUUUUGGGAUUUGUUUCACUUAUGGUUACUGAGUAUGGAAACAACGCGUGGCAUAUUUUGGGGAGAAAUCGUACUGGUACUCCUUUCUGUCUGUAAAGUUUCCACAGGUCUGCACUUUCCACUGAAUGUCUACACUGAGAACAUUUACAUCGGGCAGCCUGCAGGGUCGCCCGUGCUUCAGGUCCACUCCAUGCGGGACACGGACUCGGAGAGGCCGCACUUCUACCUGUGCUGGCAGAAUCCCAACAGGCCCCCACACUACGCGUCCUGGUUCCACAUGGACGAGUCCUCGGGCAUGAUCAGCAUGAACAAAACACUGGAGUGGAGCGACUUCGCUUUUUACCCCAUGGGAUCCUUCAAGAAGCUCAGCCUAAAGGCUUUUGUCGCCUACGAGCCAGUGCAGAGAGUCAGCUGCUACCUUCGGCCAACCGUGGAGAUCAGCCUCAUCCUCAUCAAUACCACAGCGCCCCCUUGUGACCAGAUCAAGCUGGAGUCACUCUGUUUCCCUGACAAGGAAGUGACUCCUCACAUCACAGAGAACCGUCUGCCGGGGCCUCUGUACAAGCUGAGGAGGCUGGCCAGGUCCCACCUGUGCCCAAAUUACACCAUCAGCUACGGACUUGAUGCAGACGACCCUAUUCCGUUUGAGGUGGACGACACCACCUCUGAGCUGCUGGUGACCCGGCCGGUGGACAGGGAGGAGCGGGAGGUGUACCGCAUGCAGGUGGUGUGCAUGGUGGAGACCAACGAGACCAUACACAAACUCUUCCUCCCAAUGCACGUGAACGUCUACGAUGAGAACGACAACGCACCGUACAUAAACGGCACGGACACCGGGGACGUGGUGGUGGAGUUCAAUCGAAUGAAAGGAGCCGUUUUUGGCAACUUGACUGUUUACGACAGAGACACCACGCCCGUCUACCCCAAAGAUCAUAUUCAGAACAAACUUACAGGCACCAUGCUCACAAACGACACCUGGAUCAAAAACACGUUCUCUGUGGCCCAUUCCCUCAGAGAGGAAAAGGCCAUGUUUGGCAAUGUGCGGGGCACCGUCCAUGAGUACAAGCUGACCCUUGCCAGGGACCUGUCUGUCACGGAGAAUAGAUCCUUCCAGUUGGAUUAUCUGUUGACGGACAGGACAUUUACUGGUGGGAAUGGGAGCGUAAUACUACACUUCAACGUGUCCAUCCUGCCUGUGCCCAUUCGCUUCACCAACAUCAGCUAUGUGUUCAACAUCUCAAGAAAAUCCACUGUUUACUCAAAGAUCGGUAAGGUGUGUGUGGACAACUGCCAGAAAUUUCAGGGCAUUGAUGUGGAAUACCAGCUGGAGAUUGUGGACAGGAAUGCGUCUGUGGACCUGCAGCCAUGCUACGCAGCAGUGGGCAUUGUCCGCAGUCUGAGGGAAGUUUCGGGGGUGCUGUUUGUGAACGACACUGAGGUGUUUCGCCGGCCAGAAUGCCAGGAGCUUCAGUAUGUUGUGGUUGCCCAAGAGCAGCAACUGCAACUACAGGCCAGGACCCAGCUGAUUGUCAUCUUUGAAGAAGAAUAUAAGCUGGACUCUUCGGAGCAGCGUAUUCUGUCAUGUGCGGAAAAGAAGAAACAAGGGGAAUGUGAGGCAUUCCGGGGAUUGGGAACGCCGACUGGGAGAUGCCAGUGGAGACAAAGCACAGAGAAAGGCAUAUCCCAGAAUUACUCCACCUGUUCUCCCGAUCUGCGGACGUGUCCAGAUGGGUUCUGUGAUGCAGUGGAGAGUAAAGACAUAAUCAUAUGCCCUCAGGACUGCACAAGAGAAAUUGUUGGUGGCCAUGAGAAAGGGCUGAUGUUUGGAAUCAAAGCUGGCUAUGGAACCUGCUACUGCUAUUCCGAGCGGUGCUUCUGCGAAAAGGAUCCUAUAGAGGAGGCCAUGUGUGAUGACGUCUGCAAGACCAUCAUCGCCACGGCCGUGCUCCUCUCCUUCGUCCUCUCCAUCCUCCUCUCCUCCUACUUCAUCCAUCGCUACCACAAGAGCACGCCCAAACCGCCCAUUGCCUCCGCCGAGAUGACCUUCCGCCGGCCCGCCCAGUCCUACCCCAUCAGCUACUCGGCCAAUAACGUGCGGCGAGGCUCUCUGGACUCAAUGGAGAACCAGGUGGCCAUCGACACGUUCAAAAUACCGGAGGAUCCAAAAUGGGAGUUCCCUCGUAAGAAUUUGGUGCUGGGUAAGACUCUCGGGGAAGGAGAGUUUGGGAAGGUGGUGAAAGCAACAGCCUUCCGACUGAAGGGGAAAGCUGGAUACACGACUGUUGCUGUUAAAAUGUUGAAAGAAAAUGCCUCUCACAGUGAACUGCGUGACCUUUUGUCUGAGUUCACCCUGUUGAAGCAGGUCAACCAUCCACAUGUCAUAAAGAUGUACGGUGCUUGCAGCCAAGAUGGUCCUCUGUAUUUGAUUGUGGAGUAUGCCAAGUAUGGGUCCCUGCGUAACUUCUUGCGAGAGAGCCGUAAGGUGGGCCCCAGCUACAUGGGCAACGAUGCCAAUCGUAACUCCAGUUACUUGGAAAACCCAGACGAGAGGGCACUUACCAUGGGCGACCUGAUCUCCUUUGCCUGGCAGAUUUCGAGAGGCAUGCAGUACCUGGCAGAAAUGAAGCUGGUGCACAGGGACCUUGCCGCAAGAAAUGUUUUGGUGGCAGAGGGGCGGAAGAUGAAGAUUUCAGACUUUGGUCUGUCACGAGACGUGUAUGAGGAAGACUCCUAUGUUAAGAGAAGCAAGGGUCGCAUUCCCGUCAAAUGGAUGGCCAUAGAGUCACUGUUUGAUCAUAUUUACACAACCCAAAGUGAUGUCUGGUCGUUUGGUGUGCUCCUGUGGGAGAUUAUGACUCUGGGAGGAAAUCCUUAUCCAGGCAUUGCACCCGAGCGUCUCUUUAACCUUCUGAAGACAGGCUACCGCAUGGAGAAACCAGAAAACUGCUCUGAAGAAAUGUACAAUCUGAUGCUCCGAUGCUGGAAACAGGAAUCAGACAAACGACCAACAUUCUCAGAGAUCAGCAAGGAGUUGGAGAAGAUGAUGGUGAAGAGCCGAGAUUACCUAGACCUGGCGGCAUCCACGCCGGCUGACGCGCUCCUGUACGACGACGCACUCUCCGAGGAGGAUACACCACUAGUGGACUGUAAUAACGCCCCUCUCCCUCGAAACCUCCCUUCCACUUGGAUUGAAAACAAGCUCUAUGGUAGAAUUUCCCAUGCAUUUACUCGAUUCUAGUGACAGAAAAAAACAUGAGUUGUCUUUUUUCUGGCAAUUUGUGCUUGGCUCUGUGUAGGGAGUGGGUGGUAACCGUGGUGAUAGUGGUGGCAUGCUAACCAGUGAUCUUCAGUCUUUAGUGACAAACUUUUUGAUUGUCUUUGAUAUGUGAAGGGGAGAAUCGGCUGUCUAAUUUUAACAUGGACCUGCUUCUGAUGUACGUGAAGCUUAAUAAAGUAACAGUGACAAACAUUUUGGAAACUGUACCAUUUUUAUUAUUUGCACUGGUUAAAUGGACUGUGGCUUUUAAUUAUUAUUACUUAAUAUUUAUUUUGUAUAUUUCAUGCCAGCAGUAGUACCUUUAUGACAUCACCACCAUAUGCAAUGUUUUAUUUUAAUUUUAGAAUACUUAUCUGCAAUAUAAAAAGGAAUACAUUCGAAACAGGUCCUAUGUAAGUCAGUUAUUUAUUUGGUUUGGAUUACAAACUGUCCUAUGAUUUCUGUACCUUUUUGUACAUAGUGAUUAAAUGUAUAUAUGGUUUCUGCAUUGCUGAACAGAGGAACAGUAAGGCUUUUCAACUGAAUUCUUCUGAAUAUGAACAUAAACAAAAAACAAAUUAAGAAAAAAUCUAGAAACAAUCAGUCGUAAGCCCUUAAAUGUAUUUAGCAAUAAUAUCAGACACAAUUCUUGUGAUUAGUCUUCCACUACAAGCCUCAUUUAGAGGAGUGAGCUUUAUUGAGCUUGCAUGUUCAAAACAAGGAAAUCAUGGCAGAUCUACAUUACAUAGUGCUUACCCGUAUAGUUUUUAAAAUGAUAUCUCUUUUGUCCACAUGUAGAGAUUGCAAUCACAUCAGGUUAUUCACCUCUAUAGUCCAAUUGACAAGACAUUGUCCUACACACCAUUAAGUCCACUUUAAUCAGAGAUUUUGUUGAGAGCCUUACUGUCUGUACUCUACAUGCCAGUCACCCUCCGUGCGGACAAAUGAUAUGUUCUCGUUUUUAGGCAUGUCAUACCCCAACUGGCCAGAGGGGAGCCCGGUACAGCUCAACAGACUUGAUGGCACUAACCCUGUCUUUUCAAGAUAUGCGAAUG